GUUGGAUCCGCGAUGGCGAACAUCCAUGCCAAGUUUGCGCUGCCGACCGAGCACUGCUUUGCGCGUCUGCAUCUGUCGCUGAUCGUGCCAUCGACCAGCGCCGACAGCUUUGAGUUGCAGCCGAUGCAAACCAAGCUCGCGCUCUCGUCUGUGCUCAAGCAGGUCUUUGGCACCGUCGCCGUCGCAACACACCCGUUCGACUUGCUCUCGCACGAGCGCAGCCAUCGGACGCUGCACCGGUACACGUGCAUCGUGCGCGUCGAGGCGAGGUCCAUGUCGACGCUCUGGGGUGCGUGGGCCAUGGUAACGAGCAUCGACAAGAUGCCGUGCAAGGUCGAAGUGCAGCAAGUCGGCGCGACGCUCAUGGACCUCGCGUCGCCGCGCUACCUGGACCUGUAA